CACUGCACACUGCAAAACCACAGACUAAACCCAGUCCACCACCGCCUGCCACUCAACCAUCAAGCCAUAGAAACAAUAAUCUUUGACAUUUGGUUCCUGACUUUUGCACAAUUCCGAAAGGUUCAAGUUGUGGUGUCGGAAUUUAUCUUUUUCAUCUCUCGUCUCUCAUCUCCCAGCGCAGGCCUCGUCUCUAUCUCUUCCCUGAUCCUGCCUUCUUCUCCCCAGGUUUUCCACUACUACACCCUAUUGGCCUCCCUGCGCUCUCAGUCCCAACCUGCUAGACACUCUUCAGACGACAUCCAUCACCAUGUCGCAGGAACUCACAUAUGCCGAGGUGUCUGCUCACUCCACCAAGAAGGACCUUUAUCUAGUUAUUCACGAUAAGGUUUACAACACAACGUCUUUUGUUGACGAACACCCUGGCGGUGAAGAAGUCCUGCUCGAUGUCGGCGGUCAAGAUGCAACAGAAGCUUUUGAAGAUGUUGGCCAUUCAGACGAGGCCCGCGAAGUGUUGGAGGGACUUCUCAUUGGAAACCUGAAGAGAGUUGAAGGCGACCCAGCUCCUAAGGUUGGCGCCACCGACAAGAUUGCCGCCGGUCCAGGUGGCAAGAGCGAUGCUGGUACCGGCUCGGGUGUCCUCAUCUACGCCAUCCUCGUCCUCGGUGCCUUCGCAGCUUAUAUGGCAUAUGGAUAUAUGCAAAAUCAAGAGUCAAAAUAGACAAGAGAAAGAGAUCGAGAUGGCUAGGCCUGUUUCUCAACGCUGGGCUGUCUAGUCUCGGAAACAACCCACAACACCAGUCAAGACGGAUAUUAAGGGGACGUGGUCAUACUCUCCCGCUGGACCACAGUUGGCCGCCACACCAAUUCACCCGAUCCAGCUUUCCCCACCAUCUACACAUACUGAGAUCUUGAACAAUAAUGGCCAAUCACCGUCGAAUUUGGGUUGCAGCGCUUCUCUGUUUUAUUUUGUUCUUUGACACCGCACCUUGACACAAGUCAAGAUGGUCGUUAUAAUGUACAUUCCAUGUGACGCCCUGAGUCAACAGCAAGCAUCUUCUGCCGACGAAAGAUAAAUGCGGAGGACCGGCUGCAUCAGGAUGGAAUACUUAGAAUUUCAUAGACCCAAGGUGCUUUUAGAACUGUGCAAGCCGCCAUUGAUGAUUUCCCUGUCAA